UUUUUUUUUAUUUUAUUUUUUUUGUGCGGAGCUAGCAUAAAUGAAAGAUCUCGAAAUCGUGAGCGGUUAGGCUAGUUGGACGUCUUGUUAUUCCAUUAUUUUUAGUCAGUGUCCCUCAAAUUUAUCCGCAUCUCGUUGAAGGGUUGGCGCGCUACCUUUUAGCGUACUGCUACUACAACCCGAUAACCCUACAACUAUGUCGGCUCAGCCUCCCAAACCCGAAGCGGAGAAUGCGGAGCCGGCUCCACCGGCUGACGCCGUCGGCGGAGGAACUAAAGGACGUGAAUUCCCGGAUUUCGCGGCUGAUGAUCCUGAGCCAGGAGAUUGGAUUGCUCCCGGAGAAGUUUUAAAGCAGGAACCCAUCACAAUAGCCUCAGAUAAAACAGUGCCAAAAACAAAUGCUCCGAGCAAAAGCACUGCAAAGGAUUCGGUUGAGAAGGAUGGAACUGACAAAGAAAUGCCAGACAACACCGAGUUCAUCGUGAAAGAUGAAAUCGUUUCUGAGGAAGGGGAUGGCGCAACAAAAACUGAGAAGUCAUCAUACUUCUGUGAGACUUGCCAAGAAACUUCGCCUGGGACUGAGGAAGAGCACCUCGAGGGUCGAAGGCACCUGAAAACUCAGGAACGACUUGAGAAAUAUGGCAGCCUUGAGAAAAUAGCGGAGGUCUUCAAGACGUCCUACUGCUUCAUCUGCGGAGCCAAGUCCAACAGCCUGGAGCAGUUUGAGAUCCACGUGAAGGGGAACAAGCACAAGACCCGCUGCAAGACCUUCGACCUGGACCCCAGUCUGACCAACUUCCCGCCGGGCAUGAAGAUUCCCCCGGGGGUCAAGCCGCCCCCCGGGUACGCUUCUCCUGGCACCAAGGAGCCCCAGCAUCCAGCUCCAAAGGGUCCCCCUGCCCCGAAACCUUCAGCUGCUGCGGCUCCUGCCGCCAAGAAGAACGCCUCUCAGGCCCCCGGCACCAAAGAUCCUGGAGAUGGUACCGGCGUACGUGCUGAAAGGCCAGUGUGCGACGUCUGCAGCAUAACCCUGAGCUCUCCACAGCAGCUCCUUCAGCAUCUUUCAGGCAAGAGGCACAAGGAUUUGGUGGAGAGCCUGAAGGCAGGAGCCAGGCUUCCCAGAAAGAAGCCCCAGCCGUUCAAAGGACCCGGUGGACGCCCAGAUGGAAUGCCACCCUCCGGCCCACCCAUGAGACCGCCUGCAGCACCAAAGUCUGGGAACUUUGACCAGGGUGUUCCCAAGGGAGCCAAGCGUCCCCUACUUCUGGACGGAGGCCCAGGACCUUUCAAGAAGCCGAACAUGGGUCCAGGUGGAGCCGCGACAGCACCUGGGACUCCAGGCGGUCCUCCGGUCCUCAAGAAGUCCUUCUACUGCAAGCUGUGCAAUGCCACUCUCAACUCGGAGUUCCAGAGAGAUGAGCACAUGAACGGUCGAGCUCACAAGGAACGACUGACUUCAGGCCAGCCAGCGGCUCAGCAGGGACCACAGUCUCAGCAGAAGCCACAAUUCCAGCCGAGAGCACAGUUUCAGCCGAGGCCUCAAUUUCAGUCGAAGCCACAAUUUCAGCCGAAACCACAAUUUCAGCCGAGGUCACAGUUUCAGCAGAACCGGCCUCAGCUGCCAUUUCGCCAGCCACAGCCGAAUUGGGGCGCUCAUCAGAAUCAGCCAUUUCAGGGAAAGCAGAACCAAGGUUUUGGACCAAGGCCUAGAGGCGGCAUGGCCCAGCAGCGGAUGCCGGCACCCAAGGGGACGUUCUCUUGCCAGCCGUGUCAGCAGACCAUGAACUCCAAGAUGCAGUACGACCAGCACAUGACAAGCAAGAAGCAUUUCCAGAAUUUAGAGACGUUGGCUUCUGGUGGAUCUGUUAGCAUUGCCCCCAAGAAACCCCUGAUCGGAGGGCCAAACACACCCGGCGGCCCCCCCAACAUCCGGCCCCGUGCUCCCAACGUCUACUCCACUGCAAAGCCUUGGAGCACCAGCAACAGCAGCAAGCCAACACCCUUCAACAGUGGAGGCAACCGCUUCGGAGCGCCACAGCAGCAGCCGUGGACCAAGCCAAACACUCGACCGCAGCAACAGCCGCAGUACAACAAUGGCUCGGUACGACCUCCCCCUUCUAAUCAGCCAGUCUUCCCCACGCCGGGGGUCCAGCAGUUUCAGACAAACGCAAGACCUCAGCAGAAACCUCUGUUGGGAGGAUUAGGCUUUGGGCCCACUCCAUCAGAUCAAUUUUCGAAGCUCCAGUACGAUCUUGCAGUCGAGAUCAGCAAGCUCUCGCGCCAGCUGACACGUCCAGACCUUGCUCAAGAGAUUGGGCAGCAGUUGAACCGUCAAGCUCAGCAAACCUCUCAGCAAGAACACCUGUCGAUGGAUACUCCGCUCGAACGCCCAAUGGAGUUUGAUCGUUCACACGAUUACUCGUAUGGGGAUGCAAUGGAUCAGAGCCACACUGGGCACGAUUUCAACUCUGGGAACAUGUACGGUCACGAUUACCAAGAGCCACACGAAGGGGCUCCGUAUAAAGACGUUUUAGAACCUCCUACAGCUGCACCGAGGCGCACGUUGUUGCCGUCGUCGGCUCAGGCUUUUGAGGGACCCAGUGUGCUUGAUCGACUCAAGAAGAUGUCAGGAUCGGCUCAAAGCAUGACCAUCGAUACCUACGGGGAAAGACGUCCUCAUGACCAGUCCGGUUAUGAGUAUGGCUCUUCCGAGCUGGGCUUCAGCAACCGUGGUGGGUACGACGAAUAUCCCGCUGCAGAGUUUAACAGACCUCUCCUUUCGGACAGAGGAAGGUCAGAGGGCUUGCUUGGGCCAUCGUCCAGCCUUUUGGGCAGGCCUUUUGACUAUAACUCACGUUUCUGAGGUCUUUGGUUCUUUUUUGACGGUCAUUCUGGGGUUGCACCAGGACAUUUUCGAAGUAAGUAGCACAAGGAAAAGAAUUUCCCAGAUAUGUUUUGGUGUCUUGAGGAUGUGCUUGUUCUUUUUGCAUUUCUACAUCCAUCACCCGUUUGUUUCACAUUGGUUAUUAUUUGUAUCUGUCUUGAUGUGCGAAUAAACUUUUCACACUUUUGGUUUGAGAAAA